AGGCAAAAAAACAAAACAAGAAAAUGUCUGUCUUCCUUUGUUUCCUCUUACUCUUCCUUCUCUCUUUAGUCUUCUUUAAAAGGCUUUUACCGUCGAAAGGAAAGCUUCCUCCUGGACCUACGGGUCUACCGAUCAUCGGAAACUUACACCAGCUUGGAAAGGUUCUUCACCAAUCUUUUCACAAAAUCUCCCAAGAAUAUGGACCAGUGGUGCUUCUCCAUUUCGGGGUAGUCCCAGUGAUCGUUGUCUCCUCCAAAGAAGGAGCUGAGGAAGUGCUCAAAACUCAUGAUCUUGAGACUUGUAGCCGACCGAAAACAGCCGCGGUUGGCUUGUUUACUUACAACUUUAAAGACAUUGGUUUCGCUCCCUUUGGUGAGGACUGGAGAGAGAUGAGGAAAAUCACAAUGCUUGAGCUCUUUAGCUUGAAAAAACUCAAGUCUUUUAGGUACAUUAGAGAAGAAGAGAGUGAAUUGUUGGUCAAGAAAUUAUCCAAAUCUGCUGACGAGUCAGAAACCUCAUUAGUUAAUUUGAGGAAAGUCUUUUUCUCCUUCACAGCAAGCAUCAUUUGUAGACUUGCCUUUGGACAGAACUUCCACCAGCGCGAUUUUGUUGAUAUGGAGAGAGUGGAAGAGUUGGUGGUUGAGUCAGAGACCACCCUAGGCACCUUGGCGUUCGCCGAUUUCUUCCCUGGAGGAUGGCUCAUAGACCGGAUAUCCGGUCAUCAUUCGACGGUGCACAAAGCCUUUUCCAAACUCGCCAAUUUCUUUAAACAUGUAAUCGAUGAUCAUUUGAAGACUGGACCUCAAGAUCACUCGGACAUCGUUAGUGUCAUGUUGGAUAUGAUCAAUAAACCAACAAAAGUCGAUUCUUUCAAAGUCACUGAUGACCAUCUCAAAGGAGUCAUGUCUGAUAUGUUUUUGGCUGGAGUGGAUGGGGGAGCCAUCACGUUGUUAUGGACAAUGACAGAGCUAAGCAGACAUCCGAGAGUGAUGAAGAAACUCCAAGAAGAGAUACGAGCAACUCUUGGACCCAACAAAGAGAGAAUCACAGAAGAAGUUCUAGAAAAAGUUGAGUACUUGAAACUGGUGAUCAUGGAAACAUUCAGAUUACACCCACCAGCUCCUCUCUUGCUCCCAAGACUAACUAUGGCUGACAUCAAGAUUCAAGGCUACAACAUUCCCAAGAACACCAUGAUCCACAUCAACACGUACACGAUAGGACGUGAUCCUAAAUACUGGAAAAAUCCCAGUGAGUUCAUCCCCGAGAGGUUUCUCGAUAACCUUAUCGAAUAUAACGGCCAACAUUUUGAGCUAUUGCCGUUUGGAUCCGGACGUAGGAUCUGUCCUGGAAUGACCACGGGGAUCACCAUCGUCGAGCUCGGCCUUCUUAACCUUCUUUACUUCUUCGAUUGGAGUUUGCCCAAUGGAAUGACCACUGCAGACAUUGACAUGGAAGAAGAUGGAGGUUUCGCUAUGGCCAAGAAAGUCCCUCUUGUGCUCAUACCAACUUCUCAUCGCUGGUGAAAAAUGUAAAAGUUCAACUGAGAUCAAGAUUUCUAUAUGUUUGUUUACUUUACUAUCAUCGGUUUGGUUUUUGUGUUUUACGUUUAUCAUGUCUUGUAAUGGUUAUAUUUCAAUUCAUGUU